GCCUAUCACAUGAUACCAAUUGACAGUGUUCUUGGCACGGGUUCACCUGAGCAGGGCUCCUGUGUCUGAAAUGGUAACUGUAUCUUUAAGGCGCUUGCCUACCCCUGUCUGCUUUGUGUAGCGAGUGUGGAGAGUCACGCCAUCAGAACAUGCUUUAAUCCUGAAAGGUAGAGGUGGAAAAGGGGUUAAGAAACUUUCACCUCUGGAGCAACAAUCGACUAGUUGGGCAAGGAUACCGUUGUUUCGUGCGUGUCGAAAAUGAAGUCCACUCAAUUUUUACUAUCCACUGCACUUAUUUUCCUUCUAUCUGGACUUUCCAUGAUUACCGCCUGCAACAAGGCUCUCUGUGCCAGUGAUGUCAGCAAGUGCCUCAUUCAGGAGCUGUGUCAGUGCAGGCCCUCUGAUGGGAACUGCUCAUGCUGUAAGGAGUGUAUGCUCUGUCUGGGCACACUGUGGGAGGAGUGCUGCGACUGUGUAGGGAUGUGUAACCCCAGGAACUACAGCGAUACUCCGGCUACCUCCAAGAGCACGGUGGAGGAACUCUACCGACCCAUCCCCUCACUGUUCCGUGCCCUCACCGAGGGCGAAGCACCUAUCAACAUGAUGGUAGUAUCCUUCCCCGUGGCUGAGGAACUAUCUUACCAUGAGAACCUGGUGUCUUUCCUGGAAACUCUGGAGGACCAGCACCAAAAUGUCUCCCUGACCGGGAACAGUAUCCACACCAGCUACGAUAACACCCAAAGUACUGAAGAUAACAUGUGCACUGUGGUGUACUUUGAUGACUGCGUGUCCAUCCGCCAGUGCAAGCAAUACUGCGAGUCCAUGGGGGGCUCCAAAUACCGCUGGUUUCACAAUGCCUGCUGUGAGUGUAUCGGCCCAGAGUGCCUCGACUACGGCAGCAAAACUGUCAAGUGUAUGAACUGCCUGUUCUGAUUGAAGCCAAUAGGACUGGCGACAUUAGGGUACUGUGUUCAAACUGCCACAAGGGGGCACUAUCUGGAGUAGCAGAUGGUGAAGGUUAACUGAGGAAUAUGACUUUCAUAAUGCUUCAGUAUUUUUAUGUAUUAAUUAUUUUUGCUCAUUUUUAUAUUUUAUAGGUUCUUUAGCAAAUUAGAAAUAUAUCGUUUUGAAUUUUUUUCUAGUUAAGAGGAGAGGUCAAUGUUUUAAUGUGUAAUGCAAUGGCAUUUUAUUUUUGAUGUCAUGGAAAAUCAGAGUAAAUGCUAUUUGUAUAAUUGUUUUAUCACGUGUUAUUUUAGGAAACAACGUCCAUAUUCAAACUAAUAGCCAGCCGUUCACAUGUUUGAUUUUAUAUGUGCAGUUAAAAUGAUUUGUUUCAUACUGUAAACAUUAUUUUAAAUCAAAUAAUUUAAGAUAAGUUCGGCCAGACAUAUAGGACAUGUUUGGUACAGAUGGGUUAAGUUCAACUGGCCAGACAGAUGGGACAUGUUUGGCUGACCAGAUAGGAUAAACACGGUUUGUACCGUGAUGGAAUUUUGUGUUUUCCAAGCCUGGAAAAGUUAGGACAAGUUUGGCCAAAUAUGAUAAUUUCAGAAAUAAGUUUGGCCGGCUAGAUAGGAUAAGUUUGGCCAGAUGAAACUAGUUCAGCUGGCUGGCCCGAUAGGACAAGUCAUCAAGACAGAUGGGAUAUAUGUUCAGCUGGCUGGACAGAUACCCUAUCUGGCCAAUUGUCCAAACUUGUUAAGGUUAGCUCGCUGGACAGAUGAGACGAGUGCAGCCAGAUAAGUUUGGUAGGCCGGUCAGACAGAUAAGUUCCGAGCUUCAUCAGCCAACCCUAGAUAUUGGUUAAUCAAAUCUUCCCAUACCGGCUUAAUUUGGCAUGCCUUCUUAAACAGCCAAACUUUAUACGCAUUCACACAUCAAGUCUUCUCUUGAGUUGGGCUCAGGGAUGGAACAACUGUUGAACAUUUGAGUUGGUUGUAGGGGUAGGUCGAACUAUGGGUGGAAAGGGAGAGAGGGGCAUGCAUCCCACAUCAGUUGACCAAAAUGUAGAAUUUGUACUACCGGCCAUUAUGGGUAGCAAUCAUUAGAAGUGCUUAUUAUUAUGCAUAUUAUUUGUCAAUUGUGGGAAUAAAUUAGGAUAUGCAUGUUUUUUGAAAUAUGCAGUACAACUGAGGGGAAGGGGUUCGAAAUGAUGUUCGCUGCAGAUCUGAUUCUGUACUGUAGGUGGCACCAUGUGCUCUUUUUAAAGGAUGAGCCCAUAUCUCUUGAAAGGCCCUAGGAUCCCUGCGGGCGGCAGGGUAGCAUUGGUUAGAGCAUUGGACUAGUAACCGAAAGGUUGCAAGUUCAAAUCCCCGAGCUGACAAGGUACAAAAUCUGUCGUUCUGCCCCUGAACAGGCAGUUAACCCACUGUUCCUAGGCCGUCAUUGAAAAUAAGAAUUUGUUCUUAACUGAAUUUUUUUUUUCAAAAAAGGGUUGGUCAGACAUUCACCGGAAUGACAACCCUACAUGGGAUGGGGGUGGAAUAUUGAAGGACAAUUAGAGGUUUCCUUAGUCGCAGCUACGAUAUGCUUAACAGUGCAAAUAUUAUGGUACAGUUUAUAUGUGCAAACAGAUCCGCAAGGAAGGUGGAUCCUUUUAAAUAUGCUAUUGGACCUAAAACAGAUGUCUCAUUAACCAUAUAUGAUCCAAAUAAUGAUGUUAUAUAACUUGACUUUACAGGCAAUACAUGACGCAAUUAUUAUUGUGGGAGAUUAUAAUACGGUUUUAUAAGUACCUCAAUGGACCGUAAAGGAAAUCACACUACAAACCAUCACCCUCAUGCUCUUAAAGAAAUGACAAAUAUUAUGCAUAUAUCUGAACUAGUAGAUAUAUAGCGGCUUACAUAUCCUGACCUAGUGAGAGAAACAUGGCGAAGGAUCAAUCAAGCUAGUCGUCUUAAUUACUUUGUCAUUGUCGCUGGCACCAAAAGUUAAGUGUUGAUAAGGGACAGAAUGCUGUCAGGCCAUCAAAUAAUUGGUAUAAUUAUAAUACAUUAGCAAAAUUUUCAUUUUUUUUCGCUUUCUCAGUAUAGGGUAUCUGGCCGAACUGGUUUUAUCUGGCAAGCCGGCCAAACUUAUCUUAUUGGACCGAACACCAAAUUUGUCCUGACGGGCAGGCCGAACUUUACUUACCUGUUCAGCCAGUCGAAUUUGUCCUAUCUAUCUGGUUGACCGGAACGGCCGAACAUAUCCAACUAGACGUUGGAACAUUGCUGCAGGGACUUGCUUCUAUUCAGCCACGAGCAUUAGUGAGGUCGGGCACUGAUGUUAGGCUCGCAGUCGGCGUUCCAAUUCCUCCCAAAGGUGUUCGAUGGGGUUGAGGUCAGGGCUUUGUGCAGGCCAGUCAAGUUCUUCCACACUGAUCUCAACUUAUGCUAUCUAUAACUUAUCCUAGCCGGCCAGACCCGAUCUGACAGCUACCCUAAUAGACAGCUACGAAGAAUAUAGAUAAACUC